GUCAGUUUAGAAUACUUUUAACGUUUAAUUUCAAAAUUCUUUCACACAAAUAGAUGGGAUCAAAUAAAGGAAGAUUUGUGGAUAGAUCUCCAAUAAUUUGCCCUGCUGGAAAGGUAACGACAGAUUCAAAAAAUGUCGCUAAUACUCUACGUCAAUACACAAUCGAAGAUAAAAUAUCUGCUUUGAAACAUAAUGCGAACAUUUGGCAUGAAGAUAAAUUUGAACCUCCUCUAAAAGUUCCAAACUUUCUUCAAAAUAGCUACAUUCGAAAAAACAGAGAAAUUACACAUUUACUAAAUCCGCCAGUGGAAACAAGAUAUCAGACACUUUUACGGGACUUGCAAGAGACCACUUAUGACUCUUUCUGGAAUAAAGAAAUUGGAAAGUCAAGGGAUUCAGUUCCGGGGUUGCCUAAAGGAACAAUUCCUACGGAGGUAACAUAUGGAAAACCUACAAUUAAAGAAACAUCUGUGAAAGAACUUGUAAACCCCCCAAAAACACCAUACGAAGUAUUAUGGAACAGUCAAAUCGGUCACGAGAAAUACAAAAAAACUCACAACGAUUACAACCCCGGUGAGAGAUUGCACAGAGGUUACAUGUCACCGCCGUUUGAUGAAAAAGCAUGCUUCGGAAAAACUACCAUGUACGACUAUCGAGGAAUUUGGGUAAAAUGUUGCUGCCAAUGGCAUAUUCAAAAACCAAUUACUUCAGUUAAUAAAAUACAAGCUGAUCAUUUAGAAAGAGUCAAACCAGUUGUUGGAAAACCUCUUACUCCAAACCACAACAUUGAUUGUGUUCCAAAGAACCAUUCUUUCGGUCAUCGCUAUAUCAGAGAUAAGUAUGGAGUAGAAGAUUUACUUAAAGACCCAAGUUUGGAACCGUGUAUGUUUAAAAGGGACUUUUACGUCUUAAUGCAUAUGUGGAAUAAGUUAAGAUCAAAUAUGAAGGAACUGGUUAGACAAGGAGCUUUUAAUUUCUCGGAGUUCUACAAGAGGCUACUCUAUUUCGAUAAGGAGAGGAAUGGAUUGCUUCCAAAAGACAUAUUCUACGAGGUUUGUCUUAGCAGCCGCGUGAAGUUUUCGAUGACAGAUAUGGAACAACUUUUAAAACUACUAAAUAUAAUGUCAGACGAUCAAAUUAAUUACAAGAGAUUUGUCGACAUGAUAAACGUUAAUGCUCCAACAAUAGAAUUAAUGUCAACUAAGGAUAUUCCUCCCGAAAAGCUUUACUACAUCACAACAUAUCAAGCUGCAGGGUGUGAUUAUUUAUUUAUUAACAACGCAAAUAUGCCUACUGCAGGCAUUCCUACUCAUAGAACAGAUUUGCCAGCACCAUAUCAACCUGCAGGUUCAUGUUUAGCGGAUCUUGAAAGUUUGGGUGACUCCACCAAUAUAAAGACCUUGCUCAAUCCAAGUAUAUACACGAAUUAUGGAUUAAAUUUCAGAGAUUUCUUUUUACCUAGACAACCUGAAGUGUUAAAAACACUCUUUGAGAAAGUUGGAUAUAGUUUUCCUGGAAACAAAUUUGAAAAAAUCUGGAAAGAAGGUGUGGAGCAAGAUGAGACUGGUUUAGUUUGUGUAGAUACAUUCAAAAAAUUACUGGAAAAGUACACUCCUAUGCAAACAAUUCGUGUAGAUGAAGCUGACUGCUGAAAAUAU